AGCAGGAACUCUGUUUCUGUUCACAUUGUAACGAGUUCCUGGAGAGAUUUGAGACUUUAACUGCAGCGGAUCAGCUGGAAUACACACAGUUGCUUACAGUCAACAUGUUUCUUCUUCUGAGUGUUUUCUUCCUCCCAGCUGUUUUGGUUCAUUGUGCCGAUCCAGAAGAAUAUCUCCUCAUCACUGCACCAAAGAGUCUGGAAGCAGUGAAUGGAUCCUGUUUGAUUAUCCCGUGCAGCUUUGAAGCUCUUGAUAAAGAAAAGUUUAAUAACUCAAGAAAAAUAGUUGCACUGUGGAUUAAAGAUGAAUCAAAUUUUGAGGAUCAUCCAGAAAGAAUAGUUUUUAACAGCAGUGAUGCAGUUAACUACCCUAAUAUCAGCAUCAUCGGAGACCUGAAAGAAAGAAACUGCACCACCAAGUUUAAUAGAUUACCUUUAAAUGACACAACGUUUUACUUUAGAAUUGAGAAUGAAUCAUUCAAGGCCACAGCUGCUUUUGAUCCUGUUGAAAUUAAACUGAAAGGUUCUCCUCCGAGGCCCAGAUUAGAAGACUCAGGUGGUCUGAAGGACCUGAAGGAGAAGGAGUCUGUCACGAUAACCUGCUCAGCUCUCACUCCCUGUCCACACUCCCCUCCUCAACUCACCUGGAGUCUCCAACAAGACGCUCACAGCCAAACUGAGCAAAACACAGACGGAACCUUCAGCACUACAAUCCAGAAGACCAUCACUCUGUCAGACACACAUGAUGGAUUGAAGAUCAGCUGCUCUGCUGUGUAUCCUGUUGAUGGAGGAGAAGCUGUGAAAACACCUGUGGCAGAGUUAACUCUCAGUGUUUCAUAUGCUCCUAAAGACACGACAGCCCCAUCAGGAAGCCUUGGUCCUUUGGUGAUCUCCAUUUCAGUGAGCAUCGGCUUUGUGUUCAUCUGCCUGGUUUUCUCUGUCUGGUGGUUUAAGAGGCGUCGACGCCCACAACAGACUCAGGCUCAAACAGCAGAGGAGUUUUCCAGCUACUUGGCGGCAGACGAAGCAGAGAGGGACGUCAGCGGCGACGAAGGCCUUCAAUACGAACACGUCAGCUUCUCAAAGCGGAGAGAUGAAGCUGUGACCGUGUCAGCUCAGGACACCAGACAGCAGGAAGAGACCGUGUACACACAGGUCAAAGUUCACAAGCCAGAAAGCCACUCAAGUCAGGUUGCUGAUGUGCCCGAGGAUCUCUACGCUAAAGUCAAGAAAAAAUGAGUUUCUUCAACCUCCACAUCCUGCAGAUCAAAUCCAAAAGAGCUAACCACUGCUCCACCGUGCCUCAACACACUUUAGUUAUAUCUGUCAAGUUCUUAUUUUUAUCAUUUUUUUCCCCGUUUGUAAAUCGUGUUUGCUUUUCUGCAUAAUUUGAUCUUCUAUUUGUGUUGAGAAACACUGUAAAACAAAUAAGUAUUGCUAUUCUUUAUAUUUGCAACAUAUGCACUGGAAAAUCUGUAACAUUAAAUUGCAGUGAUGGCAAAUUUUAAGAAUCAGAUCCUAACAUUUUCCAAUGAUUGUAAAUUAAAUAGAACAAAAUAAAAAUGAAAUAUUUCACUUAAAGUCUGAUAAACAUGAAGAAUGUGGAACAUUUACGAAUGAUGUUCAAUUAUGGGGAAGAAGUGAAACAUCUGACUAACUGGUUGUCCAUUUGUUUUUGUAAAGUUUCUGUAAAAAUGAAAAAGUCAAAAAAAGUUUCUGCAAUUGAAUCCAUUUAUUC